ACUGCUCCAGCCUACAGUACACUGCUGCUUAUCCGGGGAUGUCACACCGCUGCUAUUUUCUCCUCUCAGUCUCUCUCACUCUCAGCCUACAGCUCAAGCGGACUGACACGGGGCUUUGGAUAGAAAGACACGAACAAUAAGAUACAAAACAGAGGCCAAAAUGGCAGAGCUUGGAGCGGGAAGCCUGCCGUUAGGGGAUCCUGCUUUUAAUUACCAGGAACACGAGCUAAACGAGAGGCUGAAGCGGCUCUACCCGGCUGUGAACGAGGAAGAGACCCCUUUACCCCGAUCCUGGAGCCCCAAGGAUAAAUACAGCUACAUUGGGCUGUCACAGAACAACCUGCGGGUCCAUUACAAAGGUCAUGGUAAGAACCACAAGGACGCAGCAUCAGUGCGAGCAACACAACCAAUCCCUGCUGCCUGUGGGAUCUACUACUUUGAAGUCAAGAUUGUCAGCAAAGGUCGAGAUGGGUACAUGGGCAUCGGCCUGUCGGCACAGGGAGUCAACAUGAACAGACUGCCUGGAUGGGACAAGCACUCAUACGGUUACCACGGAGAUGACGGCCACUCCUUUUGCUCCUCCGGGACCGGCCAACCGUACGGCCCGACGUUCACCACAGGGGACGUGAUUGGCUGCUGCGUUAACCUCAUCAACAACACAUGCUUUUACACCAAAAACGGCAUCAGUUUAGGUGUAGCCUUCACAGACCUCCCUCCCAACCUGUACCCCACUGUGGGGCUCCAAACUCCGGGUGAGAUCGUAGAUGCAAACUUUGGCCAGCAGCCGUUUGUCUACGACAUCGAGGACUACAUGAGUGAAUGGCGGGCGAAGAUCCAUGGCAUGAUCGCUCGCUUCCCCAUAGGAGAGAGGCUGGGGGAGUGGCAGGCUGUCCUGCAGAAUAUGGUGUCUAGUUACCUGGUGCAUCAUGGGUACUGUGCCACCGCAACAGCCUUUGCCAGAGCCACAGAGACCCUGAUACAAGAGGACCAGACAUCUAUAAAGAACAGACAGAGAAUACAGAAGCUGGUGCUGGCAGGACGGGUGGGCGAAGCCAUAGAGGCUACUCAGCAGCUUUAUCCAGGCCUGUUAGAACACAACCCUAACCUACUCUUCAUGUUGAAGUGUCGCCAGUUUGUGGAGAUGGUGAACGGUACAGACGGCGAGGUCCGCUGCUUGCCCAUCCGCUCCCCAAAGUCCCAGGACAGUUACCCCGGCUCCCCCAGCCUCAGCCCCCGCCACGGAGCCAGCAACACACACCUAAACACCGGAGGAUCAGACAGCCCAACCUGCAGUAACGGAGUGACCCCCCCCAACAAGUCAAAGAGCCACAGUGGCACCGGCAACAGCAGCGUCAAAUACCCCAGCGUGUCCUCCUCCACCUCCUCUUCCUCCUCCUCCUCCCCUUCCUCCGUCAACUACUCCGAGUCCAACUCCUCCGACUCCACCAAGAGCCAGCCGCACAGCGCCAACAGCACCCAGGAAACCAGUGACAGCGAGAUGGAGAUUGAAGCAGAGCACUAUACCAACGGAGUUGUUGAGGGCUCCUCAGCGCGGAUCAUGAAUGGCACAUACAAACACGAAGAGAUCCUUCAGCCAGACGACAACAGCAUUGGCAAUGGGGUCACAGCAGAUGAUGGUUGCAGUAAUGGCCGACAGCUCUGUGGAGGGAACCAGGCCGCCACAGAGAGGAUGAUCCAGUUUGGACGGGAGCUACAGUCGCUCAACGAACAGCUGUGUCGCGAGUAUGGCAAGAACACCACACACAAGAAGAUGUUACAGGAUGCAUUCAGCCUGCUAGCGUACUCGGACCCCUGGAGCUGCCCGGUGGGCCAGCAGUUAGACCCCACCCAGAGAGAAACCCUCUGCUCCGCACUCAACAGCGCCAUACUGGAGUCCCAAAACCUGCCUAAGCAGCCUCCACUGAUGUUAGCGCUCGGCCAGGCCACAGAGUGUGUUCAGCUCAUGGCCCGAGUCCGCUCUGGCUCCUGCUCAUUCGCCAGAGUAGACAACUUUUUGCACUAGCCCAGGUCCAGGUUAAUGUUAAGUAGCACUGAGAGAAGGCAUGUCCUGCAGGUAGUUGUCAUGGCGACAGAGGAGAGAGCAUGCGUGUGAUUGGUGUGUUUGGCUGUCCAUCAGACCAAGCCAGCGGCACCGACAGAGGAGAGGCGAGCGGGAGAGAAGAAGGCUUCCUUUUAAUUUAGUAUUAUCAAAUAAAGAAAUGUGUGACACUAUUUAAAGAUAAUUAAUUAUUAUUCUGUUUAUCUAGCCAUUUUUAUAGUUCUUUUUUGUCAGAUUGUUGUGCUCAUCCUCGACAAAACAAAUUGUUAAUCCCCUUUUUAAUUUUUCUUCUGUUUUAUCGGGUGGAUUUUGAUUUCCUACAGUCAGUAUUUUAUUCAAUUUUGUGUUGUUCACCAUAUCACAAACCACAAUACACACAUCUCGUUACUGCGGUAACCCCCACAAUUGUAGGUCAACAGUUCCUGAGGCAUAUUAACCUCAUUUUUGAUACAGAAGACAGACGCUGAACCCUUUAUCCUUCCAAAAUACUUGAAGCAAUUAUGUCUUAUAUUACAUCCAGCAGUAGUCAGCAUGAAAACACAUUUGAUUGUGUGGAGAUGCUGAAAAAAAAAGAAUAGACUGAUGUAAGACACACGUGGGCCCCUCAAUUAUUCCAGAGGUUCAAAAAUAAUGGCUUGCAUCCUGUGUAAAAAAACUGAAUUGAAGGACCUCUGUAGAGAAGAACACUGCCAGUAACAAGGGGCAGCAUUUUAAGGACGGGAUUACAUUGGAAUAUUAGAGGUGUUGAAGCCUUAAUUUGACUGUAACGACCAGAGCAUCGACCAAUCAGUGAUGUGGUUGCAGGUGGCAGAGCUCAGCAUCAGCUGCAGCUACAACACCUGCUCAAGAUCCAAUGUAACACUAUUAUCAGGGUCGCCUUCAUGCCAGCAGAAAGAAAAUCAGGUUCCAAAGUAGACUAACAAGCACAGGGUGUGGACGGCUAAAGGUCAAGUCCCCCCCCCAAGGAUUUUCAUUACAAUAUUCUUAUUUUCUUUCUAUUUUCUUUGGUUGGCCUCCACCUGACCUGCUCUGUGCAUGUGCUGUAGCAAUUAUAAUUUAAAACGAAGAGGAAAAAUAAUUUGCCAAAUUCAUUUUAGGGUGAUAAUUGGGAUAAUUAAGUAAUUUCAUUUAUGUAAUUAGGGUGAUUGAGUGGAAACCUCUCAAAGGUUGUUUAAGGUGUUGAACCAAUCAUUUUUUUCACACAGAAACCUCCAUUUCUCUAUCAACCAUGAGCUUAAAGUGAUUAUGUCUUGCCUAUUACUGGACAGGCGGUAAGUUAAUUUAUGAAGCCCAAAGAUGUGUCCAAGAGUGCCUCCCAGUACAUUAACUUGAUGAAAAGAUGAUGAAGAAAGAUUCAGAUUGUUCCAAUAUCCUCCUGUUUUGGAGUCAGUUCAGUUAUAAAAAAGAAAACAAAUGACCUUUGAUUUAGCCCCCAACAACAGCUUUCAGCAAAUGUGUUUAGUGCCCAAACGUUUUUGAUAUUAUAUGAUACAAGACAUUGUGAAAUAAAUGAGUCAACUGUAAUUGAAACAAUACAUUGUGAAAUAAUUUAGUUUUUCAUGCCCUCUUGUAAGAGUCCACCCUCAAGCUUCCAAAAUGUAGCCAGCUAGCUCCAAUUAGCUACUGUAAAACGAUUUGGCUGUUUGCUAACUCCCAAGCCAGAAACUCUUUUUGGUUCAACCAACUGUUUGUUGCUGCUUAUGAACACAAUCCACAGUAACACAGCUGUCUUUCUUUCUUUUGAGCUUCAACAGGGCAACUUAAGCUACCUAGCUGGGCUAGUUUUUGGGCUUUGAAUGACCUCGUAUGAUUAUUAAUAAUAGCAAAUGUUAGCUGCAGCAGCUAAUUCUGACUUAAGUAGUUCAUUGAUUCUGGAAAUGUUUCUCAGAGAAAGGAGCACCACUGUUAUGUGCAAAAACACACAUUCUUUGCUGUUGCUAGCUAGCUCCUGUUGGGCCUGAGAUUGGGCUUUUUCGGGAGUGGAAGGCGCUUAAAUGCAUCAAUUCAGAAGGAAGCUGAAAAGGGGUACAUUCAGACGGACAGUAAGAGAUACAUACACACAUAUUUUGAACAUUUUUGUGAAAAUAAAAGCAGGUAAACUUGUUUAAGUAGGAACCCAAAUUACAAGUGUACACCUUUUGAAUGAUCUCCCAGCUUAUCGGCUCUUGUAUAUUUGGUCACAAGAUUGUUUAUUUCACUAUGUCUUGUUUACUUAUCCAAUAUUGAAGUUUAAUAUUAUUCAUUUUCAAAUGUUAUCAUUAUCAUCAGUUUCUGUCUCUGUAUCCGAAAAGAUGAUUGUUUAUUGCACAAUUGAACAAAUUUGACUCAACUACACCUUAUUUCCAGUCCAAUAACUGGGCUUUGAUAACAAAGCUUUUGUUUCAUCCCUCAGCUUUAUUUGAAACAUUUUCAUUCUUUUGUUUUUACAUCAGACUAUUUUCUACCAAAUAGAAAUGAUUUAAUGUUUUGUCUGACUAGUGGCAAACUGUCACUUUGACUGCUUUGUUGUGACCUCGCAAAUGGCUUGUGGAUCCACCCUGAAGUGUAUAUUUCCAUGUAUAAGAGAAUAGAGAAAUAUGGAAUAAUAUAAUACUGGAGAUGUGUGUAUGCAAUGUGGGGUUUACAACAGGGUAUGUGGUCAUCUUUUUUCCGAGCUGGUUUUUAUUAAGACCUUCAGAUAUAAUAGGAACUAUUCUAAUAACCUCACAUGCAGUACACACUCACAAUAUCUACAGCUGUAAAGGACUUAUGUUACACACACACACACACACACACACACACACACACACACACACACACACACACACACACACACACGUGAAAGACAAACCUCUGUUGCAUACCUGUAGGGAACAAGUCUCCCAGUUGUCAUUUGUGUUUGAGCCUGGGCUGCGUCUCAGCACUGUUACCAUGCACCCCUCUUAUCCCUGCCUAGACAUAGCCACUGAUGUGAUCAGUGAUUGUUUUUAAGAAAUGGAGGAAUGUGAACAGUUUUGGAAAUGGGCCUGAGGCCCCUGAAGCCACAUGGACUUCUUCAGGAGAGGCCGGAGAAAUGGAUUUAGGCAUUGCAGACGAGCUGUGCACAAUUGACUUCUAUCAUGAUUUAAAUUUCAUAUUUUGACUUUGAGUUUUAGCAAAAAAAUAAAAAUAAAAAAAACUAUUGUGAAAUGAGUUACCCUCUACUUAGCAUGACUUUUAAAACGAUAUAAAAAAAGGAAAAAUGAUAAUUGAAAAAAAAACCUAUGUACUGGAAACAUGUUAAAAAAGAAAUAUUGUAUUCUGUUUAAUUUUGACAGAAUUAUUUUUAUUAAAAUACAUCCAUAAGCA